GAGAAUGGAGACUCAGCGAAGGAUAAUGAACUGGAUAAGGAUCAAACGUCCAAUGGUCAUUGUGAUGAAUCCUCUUCCAAAACAUCUCCAUCUACUGCUGUUUUUAAUGAAUGUCCACAGAAGCAUCAGUUGGAAGGGGAAGACGAAAGGUCAUCUGCUCCAAUAAAGGUCUCGGAUGAUCAUUCCCUUCCUCCUACUUCUCCUGUUUCCCCUUGUGUUUCACGACGUGUUGAUGUUACGAAGACCCCAGCUGCUCCUCAGCCUUAUUGGAUUGCAAAUCCGGCCAGUAAGUUCGCUGGAAGAUAG